AUGAUGGUAUUUCAGUUGUGUUUCAGUGUCCUACUGUUUUGCUGUACUUUGAAUAAUGUUCAGAGUGCGUUUCGACCAUUGGUGGUCGGUCAUCGUGGUACAGCUUAUCUACCUGAACUGACUCUGGCUGCACAAGCUAUGGGCUAUGCAUACGGCGCAGAUAUGGUUGAAAUCGAUGUUUGUCUCAGUCAAGACGACCAACUAAUUGUUAUUCACGAUAUCUAUUUGGAUGCAAUCAGUAAUGUCGCUGAGAUGUAUCCUGGUCGAAAUCGAUCCGAUGGUCUUCAUUAUGUGAUUGAUUUUACUCUUGAAGAACUGCAUCGUCUGAGUAUUCAUGAACGUACAAUACCAUUCAAUGGUACUCAACGCUUUCCAUCGCGAUUUCCAUCAAAUGCAAACGUUACUUUUCGUCUUGCGACUCUAAAUGAAUCAAUUGAGUUAUUACUGGGUCUCAAUCAGGCAACUCGACGACGACGUGAACUUCUUAUCGAAAUUAAGAAACCUGAAUAUCAUAGUCAGCAUAACAAAUCUAUCUCAUCGAUUGUGUUAGCAACAUUGAAUGCAUAUAACUUAACAAAGUUUACUGACCCUGUCAUCAUUCAGACAUUUCACAUUGAAGAAUUAGUUCAUAUUCGCCGAAAUCUUCACAGUGAAUUACGUUUAUUUGCGUUGAUGGUUUGGAAUCGUAUCAAUGAAUCAUCGAGUGACUACGAUUUUUAUCGAAGUAGAGAAGGUAUCGGAAACAUCUCGAGCGUUGUUCAAGCGAUUGCGCCUUUCUAUGAAUUUCUGGUCAAUUUUGAUUCCCAUGGUGCACUGUUAGGUGUGACUAACUUGACAACAUGGGCGCAUGACUAUGGUCUUGCAGUUUACCCCUUUACAUUUCGACGUGAUCUAUUUCCUGGUCAAAAUUUUGAAGAAUUUCUUGAUUAUUUCUGGCACACAGUUGAUGUUGAUGGUUUUAUAACUGACCAUCCUGAUGUUAUUCUUCGAUAUUUGGAUAAAAAACCAGCAUUUAGUGUAUCAUCAUCAAUAUACGCAUCGUAUACAACAUUUCUUUUCAUUCUUUCAGUCGUAACAAAAAUUUGGUUUUGUAAUGAACCGAUACUUGUAUGA